AUGGUUGUGUUUGGCGAUCAGGUCGUGUUCCUGCUGGUCAAGACCUUCCUGGUAACACCAAAGGAGAAGCUGCUGUCACUGGAUGCGGUUCCCCGGAGGGAGGAGAAGCCUGGAUUCCUGGGGGAGGAGGCCCCCAGGUCCUCCACCUGCUCUGCCCUCCUAGAGGCCCAGACCUGGUCCCUGCUGCCAGCACCGCCCCGGGAGCUCCCCUACACCCCUCUUUCUGAGCCUUGCUAUGGCCGUGUGGAAAGUGUCAAAAUUCUCCCCAAGAGGGGCUCUGAAGGAGGAGUGGCCGCCUUUGUGGAUUUUGUGGACAUUAAAAGUGCACAGAAAGCUCACAACUCAGUCAACAAAAUGGGAGAUAGAGACCUCCGCACGGAUUACAAUGAACCAGGCACUAUUCCAAGUGCUGCUCGGGGAUUGGAUGAUACAGUUUCCAUAGCAUCUCGUAGUAGAGAGGUUUCUGGGUUCAGAGGAGGUGGUGGAGGGCCUGCUUAUGGCCCCCCACCAUCACUUCAUGCACGAGAAGGACGUUAUGAGCGGAGACUUGAUGGGGCUUCAGAUAACAGGGAGCGUGCUUAUGAACAUAGUGCCUAUGGACACCAUGAACGGGGGACGGGAGCAUUUGAUCGGACAAGACAUUACGAUCAGGAUUACUAUAGAGAUCCUCGAGAGCGGACUUUACAACAUGGGCUCUAUUAUACAUCUCGGAGUCGAAGUCCAAACCGUUUUGAUGCUCAUGACCCCCGAUAUGAACCUAGGGCUCGGGAGCAGUUUACACUGCCCAGUGUGGUACACAGGGAUAUCUACAGGGAUGAUUUGACCCGGGAGGUACGAGGCAGAAGGCCAGAGCGGAAUUACCAGCACAGCAGGAGUCGCUCACCACAUUCAUCCCAGUCUAGAAAUCAGUCUCCUCAGAGACUGGCUAGCCAAGCGUCUAGACCCACCAGGUCCCCUAGCGGCAGCGGCUCUAGGAGUAGAUCGUCUAGUAGUGACUCAAUCAGCAGCAGCAGUAGUACCAGCAGUGACAGCAGUGAUUCCAGCAGCAGUUCAAGUGAUGACUCUCCAGCCCGAUCUGUUCAGUCGGCAGCAGUCCCUGCACCCACUUCCCAGUUGCUUUCAUCUCUGGAAAAAGAUGAACCUCGUAAAAGUUUUGGGAUCAAAGUUCAGAAUCUGCCAGUACGCUCUACAGAUACAAGCCUUAAAGAUGGCCUUUUCCAUGAAUUUAAGAAGUUUGGCAAGGUGACUUCAGUACAGAUACAUGGAACUUCAGAAGAGAGGUAUGGACUGGUAUUCUUUCGGCAGCAAGAGGACCAAGAAAAAGCACUAACUGCAUCAAAGGGAAAGCUGUUCUUUGGAAUGCAGAUUGAAGUAACCGCAUGGAUAGGGCCAGAAACAGAAAGUGAAAAUGAAUUUCGCCCUUUGGAUGAAAGGAUAGAUGAGUUUCACCCCAAAGCAACAAGGACUUUGUUCAUUGGCAACCUUGAGAAGACCACUACGUACCAUGACCUUCGCAACAUCUUCCAGCGCUUUGGAGAAAUCGUGGAUAUUGAUAUUAAGAAAGUAAAUGGAGUACCUCAGUAUGCGUUCUUGCAAUACUGCGAUAUCGCUAGUGUUUGCAAAGCUAUUAAGAAGAUGGAUGGAGAAUACCUUGGAAAUAAUCGCCUCAAGCUGGGUUUUGGAAAGAGCAUGCCUACAAACUGUGUAUGGCUAGAUGGGCUUUCUUCAAAUGUGUCAGAUCAGUAUUUAACACGACAUUUCUGCCGAUAUGGGCCUGUGGUGAAGGUUGAUUUUGCAAAUCGGGAAAGUCAGCUGGCAUUUUAUCACUGCAUGGAGAAGUCAGGCCAAGAUAUCAGAGACUUUUAUGAAAUGUUAACAGAAAGAAGAGAGGAACGAAGGGGAUCCUAUGACUAUAACCAAGAUCGGACAUAUUACGAGAGUGUUCGGACUCCAGGUACAUAUCCCGAGGACUCCCGGAGGGACUACCCAGCCCGAGGAAGAGAAUUUUAUUCAGAGUGGGAAACAUACCAAGGAGACUACUAUGAGUCCCGCUACUACGAUGAUCCUCGAGAAUACAGGGAUUACAGAAGCGAUCCCUAUGAACAGGACAUUCGGGAAUAUAGUUACAGGCAAAGAGAACGAGAGAGAGAGCGUGAAAGAUUUGACUCUGAGCGGGACAGAGACCAUGAGAGAAGGCCCAUUGAGCGAAGUCAGAGUCCUGUGCACUUGCGACAUCCACAGAGUCCUGGAGUAUCUCCCUCGCAGUCAGAGAGGUUGCCGAGUGACUCAGAGAGGAGGCUGUAUAGCCGGUCCUCAGAGCGGAGUGGCAGCUGCAGCUCACUCUCCCCCCCACGGUACGAUAAACUGGACAAGUCUCGUUUGGAGCGCUAUACAAAAAAUGAAAAGACAGAUAAAGAACGAAUUUUCGAUCCUGAGAGAAUGGAAAGAGAGAGGCGCUUAACACGGAAGGAGAAAGUGGAAAAGGACAAACCUGACAAACAGAGACGAAAAGGAAAACUUCAUUCCCCUAGUUCUCAGUCUUCAGAAACUGACCAGGAGAAUGAGCGCGAACAGAGCCCUGAGAAGUCAAGGAGUUCUAGUAAACUGAGCAGAGAGAAAACUGACAAAGAAGGAGUGGGGAAAAACCGCCUGGAGCUCAUGCCUUGUGUGGUUUUGACUCGAGUAAAAGAGAAAGAAGGGAAGGUCAUUGACCACACUCCACUGGAAAAGCUGAAAGCCAGGCUUGAUACCGACUCCGCCAAGUCUUCUGUCCUGGACCAGAAAGUUCAGGCCUCCCAGACAGAGCCUGCAAAAUCUGACUCUAAAGCAGAACCUGCUAGAGGAAAAGUGGUGAGGGAAAAGGUGCUUAGCCACAUGGAAGUAGCAGAUAAGGAAGGCAGGCCUAAGCCCAGGAAGCCUCUCAGGCCAGAGCAGACCCCUGAGGGCCUGAGUGCUGUGGACCUAGAGAAGCUGGAAGCCAGGAAAAGGCGAUUUGCAGAUUCCAGUUUGAAAGCAGAAAGGCAAAAACCAGAAGUCAAGAAAAGCAGUCCUGACAUGGAAGAUGCUCGUGUACUUUUAAAAAAGCAAGCUGACUUGUCAUCGAGAGAUAUCAUCCUGCUGCGGGAGGGGGAGUCUGAAAGGAAGCCUGGGCGAAAAGAAAUUCUUAAAAGAGAAUCUAAAAAAAUCAAACUGGACAGACUUAAUACGGCUCCCAGCCCUAAAGACUGUCAGGAGCUUGCUAGUGUCUCUGUUGGGUCUGGCUCAAGGCCCAGCUCAGACCUGCAAGCAAGAUUGGGAGAACCAGGGGGUGAAUCUGUGGAAAAUCAAGAAUCUCAGUCAAAAAAAGUCACCCCCUCCAAACCACAGCUCAAACAGCUGCAGCUCUCAGAUGAUCAGGGACCGGAGAGAGAGGAUGGCAGGAAAAACUGUUGCAGUCUUCGUGAAGAAACAUCUGAACGCAAACCAGGCCAAGAGAAACCACAUGUGGUAAAUACUGAAGAAAAAAUUGGCAUUGACAUUGAUCACACACAGAGUUACCGCAAACAAAUGGAGCAGAGUCGUAGAAAACAGCAGAUGGAAAUGGAAAUGGCCAAAUCUGAAAAGUUCGGCAGUCCUAAAAAAGACAUUGACGAAUAUGAAAAGCGUAGCCUUGUUCACGAGGUGGGCAAACCCCCUCAGGAUGUCACCGAUGACUCACCCCCCAGCAAAAAGAAAAGGAUGGAUCAUGUUGAUUUUGAUAUCUGCACCAAAAGAGAGAGGAAUUACAGAAGUUCACGCCAAGUCAGUGAGGAUUCUGAAAGGACUGGCUGUUCUCCCAGCCUCCGCCAUAGUUCCUUCCAUGAAGAUGAUGACCCCCUCGGCUCUCCUAGGCCUACAGCAGUAAAAGGGUCUCCUAAAGCAGAUGAAAAAGGUCUCCCCUAUUCUAAUGUAACAGUGAGAGAAGAGUCCUUAAAAUUUAAUCCUUAUGACUCUAGCCGGAGAGAACAGAUGGCAGACAUGGCCAGAAUAAAGCUGUCUGUCUUGAAUUCUGAAGAUGAGUUAAAUCGUUGGGACUCUCAAAUGAAACAAGAUGCCAGCAGAUUUGACGUGAGCUUCCCAAACAGCAUCAUUAAGAGAGAUAGCCUGCGAAAGAGAUGUGUGCGUGAUCUGGAGCCUGGGGAGGUGCCUUCUGAUUCGGACGAAGAUGGUGAGCACAAAUCCCACUCGCCCCGGGCUUCUGCAGUGUAUGAGAAUUCCCGGUUGUCUUUUUUAUUGAGAGACAGAGAAGACAAACCACGUGAUCGGGAAGAAAGACUUUCUGGUUCUUUAGAAAGGAACAAAUUUUAUUCUUUUGCACUGGAUAAGACAAUCACACCAGACACUAAAGCUUUGCUUGAACGAGCGAAAUCUCUCUCUUCAUCCCGAGAAGAAAAUUGGUCUUUUCUGGACUGGGACUCCCGAUUUGCUAAUUUUCGAAACAACAAAGAUAAAGAAAAGGUUGACUCUGCUCCAAGGCCUAUUCCAUCUUGGUACAUGAAAAAGAAAAAGAUCAGGACUGACUCAGAAGGGAAAAUGGAUGAUAAAAAAGAUGAUCAUAAGGAGGAAGAGCAGGAAAGACAGGAACUGUUUGCCUCUCGUUUUUUACACAGCUCCAUCUUUGAACAGGACUCCAAGCGGCUGCAGCAUCUGGAGAGGAAGGAUGAAGACUCCGACCUCCCUCCUGGGAGGUCCUAUGGGAGGCAGGUAUCUGACGGACCACACACCACAAGCGAGUCAGUUCAGGAGCCGGUCGUUCUCUUCCACAGCAAAUUCAUGGAGCUCACAAGAAUGCAACAGAAAGAAAAAGAAAAAGACCAAAAACCCAAAGAGGUUGAGAAGCAGGACAAUACAGAGAACCAUCCCAAGACCCCAGAAUCUGCUGUGGAGAACAAAGAGUCGGAGCUGAAAACCCUACUCCCAGCCAGGCUUCCCAGUGUCCCAGCUGUAACUGCAGAAACAGCAUCAUCCAUGCCAGAGAAGACCAGUGAGCGGGUAGCCGAGGCAUCUCCAGUGCCUCUGGAAGAGAAGCCUGUGGAGCCAGCUGCUGUUCCCGAAGAGAUAAAACCGGGAGCUGAGCUGGCACCUGUUUCUGGGGAACAGCUCGAACAGGUAGAUGUGCCCCCACGAGCAGACAGUGGCCACGAGGCUCCCGCGGCACCUCUCACCGUGCAAGAUAACUCACCUAUGGACCCCCCGCCAAGUAUGGACGCCAAGCCUCCCACUCCAGGGCCCUCACUUUCCCAGGUGGAAAGCAAUGUGGAUCCAGAGCCUGCGAGUCCCCAACUGCCUUCCAAACCGAGCCAGAAGACUGAGGACGCUGAAGAGCCGAAAGCAGAAAGGCUAGACAUAACUUCAAGCAUUGACCCUGGAAUCAAUCAGAAGGCUGAAGUUGCUCCUGAGGCUCAGCCUCAAGCUUCUGAGGAUGCAGAGAUUGAUCCUCCCACUGCUGCAAAAGAUAAGAAGCCAAACAAAAGUAAGCGCUCCAAGACGCCAGUUCAGGCAACUGCAGCAAGCAUCGUGGAGAAGCCAGUCACGAGGAAGAGUGAGAGGAUUGACCGGGAAAAGCUAAAACGGUCCAGUUCUCCGCGGGGAGAAGCACAGAAGCUUCUAGAACUGAAGAUGGAGGCAGAGAAGAUUACAAGGACUGCUUCUAAACACUCUUCUGGGGACACGGAGCACCCUGAACCAAGUCUUCCAGUCAGCCGAACGAGGCGUCGGAAUGUCAGGAGUGUUUAUGCAACUAUGAGUGACCACGAAAGCCGCUCUCCAGCCAAAGAGCCCACAGAGCAGCUGAGAGUGACCAGGAAGAGAUUAGAGAGAGAGCUUCAGGAGGCUGCUGUAGUUCCCGCCACCCCUCGGAGAGGACGGCCUCCAAAAACACGCCGGCGAGCCGAAGAGGAUGACGAAGCUGAGACGAAAGAGCCUGCAGAAACACCCAGACCAGCUGAGGGGUGGAGGUCCCCGCGGGCUCAGAAAGCAGCUGGUGGCCAGCAAGGGAAAAGGGGGAGAAAUGAGCCUAAAGUUGAAGCAGAGCGAGCAGAGGCUGCUGCUGAGGCGCGGCACCAGGUAAACGUGAAAGAGGGCAACACCAGAUCCAAGGGGGAUAAAGAGGAAGCAGGAAGUGACCCGAAACGAGACAGAAAGGAAAUGGUCACCAACAAACAUGUGCCUGACUUUGAAGCCAUGGAAAAAAGGCCAGUCCCCGAAAAAAACUCCAAAUCAAAGAGAGGAAGAUCUCGAAAUGCACGCGGUGCAGUGGACAGAGCUGCGCAUCUGAGAAGUGUGGCAGUGGCCGCCAGUCCCAGUGUGGCCCUUGCAGGGGGGCCAGGGCAGGCAGUGGACAGGGAAGCUGGGAUUGUGGCAAUCUCCCCCGAGAAAAGCGAGAGUCCCCAAAAGGAGAGUCGUUCCUCAUCCCAGUUGAAAACCACUCCAGUGGAUCCCGACAGGGAAUCGGGGAGAGAGGAUCUGUCUGCCCCCCGGCUGUCUGCAGAGGUGGCUCAGUUGGCCAAGCAGAUGGAGCUGGAACGGAUGGAGUUGGAGCGGGCUGUGGAGAAUAUUGCAAAGCUUGCUGACACGGCCCCCCGGGGCACUUACAAGGCAGCAGCUAUGGGAGCUGUGGGUCCUACUACGGAGGACAGGGACAAACCCGCCCCUCAGGCCAGUGAAACAGAACUGGCUGCGGCCAUUGGUUCCAUCAUCAGUGACAUCAGUGACUCCCCUGCCCCGCCCCCUUUCCCUGCGGACUCUCAAACAGAUCUGCAGUCCCCAGGGGAAGCCACAGAGCCUGAGACCCACCAGGCCGUGUCUGGAAUCGUAGAGGCUGCUUUGGAGUCUUCUAGACCUGCAGUCAGUGCCCCUGUCCCCUCAGCAGCUGCCAAGGAGGCUGGGGGGGAUGGCAGUGACACCUCUCGCCUGCCCCGGCAGGCCAGAGGGUCCAGAGAAGGAGCAGUCGCUCUUGUCCGCAAAGACAAAGGGCGCCAAAAGACUACAAGGUCCCGGCGUAGACGGAAUACAAAUAAGAAGGCCAGCGCUGCAGCCGAGCCUCCCAGCGCUGCAGCCGACCCCCCUGCCACCGUAGAGACAGAGACUGACCAGGCUCAAGGCGAGAGCCCCACUGUGAGUGAGGAGACCACGAUCCAACCCCCAGACUCACUGCAGGAAGACACACAGACUGAAAAGCCCCAAACUACCCCUCCUCAGGCCUGUGCUUCUGACCCGACCAAGACUCCACCCACAGAGGGUUUGCCUGAAGACAGCAAUGCUGAAGAGAAGACGCCCCCCAAAGUGCCCACAUCCCCGGCCCUCCCCUCCCUGUCCCAGCCAGUGCUGGCUGAUGACGAGGCCCAGGCUAGGUUCAAGGUACAUUCAAUCAUUGAAAGUGACCCUGUGACCCCACCCAGUGAUUCGAGCCUACCCCUGCCCAUACUUCCUUCUGUGACUGUAGCUAAGCUUGCUGCCCCUGUCCCCUCCGGGGCUGUCCCACACCAGAGCCCCCCAACGAAGCUAACAGAGUGGAUCACAAGGCAGGAGGAGCCGCGGCCUCAGUCCACCCCGUCUCCAGCUCUUCCCCCAGACACAAAGGCCUCUGAUGUGGAUACCAGCUCCAGCACGCUGAGGAAGAUCCUUAUGGACCCUAAAUACGUGUCUGCCACAGGCAUCACGUCCACCAGCGUCACCACAGCUAUCCCGGAGCCUGUGAGCGCCGCCCCUGCGCUGCACACGGCACUGCCCCCUCCAGUGGAAGCGAAGAAGCCUCCCGUAGAAGAAAGCCCCGUGGUUCCAGCCACGCAAGCUGCCGACACGCAGGCCUUGCAGCUCCCCGUGACCUCGGACAAGGAGAAGGUGGCUCCAGUCAUCGCCCCCAAAAUCACAUCUGUUAUUAGCCGGAUGCCUGUCAGCAUUGAUUUGGAGAACUCACAGAAGAUAACCUUGGCAAAACCAGCACCUCAGACCCUGACAGGCCUGGUGAGUGCCCUGACGGGCCUGGUCAAUGUCUCCCUGGUCCCUGUGAACGCCCUCAAGGGCCCUGUGAAGGGCUCCGUGGCCACGCUGAAGGGGCUGGUGAGCACCCCUGCGGGGCCUGUGAAUGUCCUCAAGGGGCCCGUGAAUGUCCUCACCGGGCCUGUGAACGUCCUCACCACGCCGGUGAACGCCACGGUGGGCACGGUGAACACUGCCGCGGGGGCAGCGACAGUCACCGCUGCCACGGUUGCCUCUGGGGGCGUGACAGCCGCAACGGGCACGACCACUGUGACCACCGUGACGACCAUGACAGGUGCCGCCGCCGCCACCCCCGCCACCCCGGUGGCGAAAAGCAAGCAGAGGUCAGGCAGCAGCGAGAACAACCGCUUCCACCCCGGGGCCAUGUCUGUGAUCGAUGACCGGCCCGCAGACACGGGCUCCGGGCCGGGGCUGCGUGUGAACACUUCAGAAGGGGUUGUGUUGCUGAGUUACUCCGGGCAGAAGACUGAGGGCCCACAGAGAAUCAGCGCCAAGAUCAGCCAGAUCCCUGCAGCCAGUGCCGUGGAUAUUGAAUUCCAGCAGUCCGUGUCCAAGUCCCAGGCGAAGGCCGAUGGUGUCUCACCUUCGCAGCCCACGCCCAAAGGCCCUCAGGCCCCUUCUGGCUUUGCCAACGUGGCCACCCAUUCCACCCUGGUGUUGACGGCGCAGACCUACAACGCGUCUCCUGUCAUUUCGUCCGUGAAGGCCGACCGUCCGGCCCUGGAGAAGCCGGAGCCCAUUCACCUCUCUGUGUCCACGCCCGUUACCCAGGGCGGCACAGUGAAGGUCCUCACGCAGGGCCUCAACACGCCCCCGGUGCUGGUGCACAACCAGCUGCUCCUCACCCCGAGCAUAGUCACCGCCAACAAGAAGCUCGCCGACCCCGUCACGCUCAAGAUCGAGACCAAGGUCCUUCAGCCGGCUAACCUGGGCUCCACGCUCGCCCCCCACCCCCCCCCAGCUCUGCCCAGCAAGCUCCCGACGGAAGUGAACCAUGUCACCUCAGGCCCUAGCACCCCGGCAGAGCGGGCGGUCUCCCACUUGGCAGCCACCAAGCCAGAGGCCCACUCUCCUCGACCCAGCGGGCCCACGCCGUCCUUCCCGAGGGCAUGCCACCCCAGCAGCACCGCGUCCACCGCGCUCUCCACCAACGCCACGGUCAUGCUGGCCGCAGGAAUCCCCGUGCCUCAGUUUAUCUCCAGCAUCCACCCUGAGCAGUCCGUCAUCAUGCCGCCCCACAGUAUCACCCAGACUGUGUCCCUUGGCCACUUGUCCCAGGGCGAGGUGAGAAUGAACACACCCACAUUGCCUAGCAUCACCUACAGCAUCCGCCCAGAGACCCUCCACCCGCCUCGAGCCCCCCUGCAGCCCCAGCAGAUAGAGGUCAGGGCCCCGCCCCGGGCUGGCACACCCCAGCCGGCCCCUGCCAGCGUUCCCGCCCUGGCCUCCCAACACCCACCUGAGGAGGAGGUGCACUACCUCCCCGUCGCCCGAGCCGCAGCCCCCGUGCAGUCCGAGGUGCUGGUCAUGCAGUCUGAGUACCGCCUGCACCCAUACACCGUGCCCCGCGACGUGAGGAUCAUGGUGCACCCACACGUGACUGCGGUCAGCGAGCAGCCCAGGGCCACCGAGGGCGUGGUGAAGGUGCCACCUACCAGCAAGGCCCCCCAGCAGCCAGCCAAGGAAGCUGCCAAGACAUCAGAUGCCAAAGCAGCCCCGGCCCCCACCUCAGCUCCUCAUGGCGAGGCCCGCAUCCUCACCGUCACCCCCAGCAACCAGCUCCAGGGGCUGCCUCUCACCCCACCGGUGGUUGUGACCCAUGGGGUGCAGAUCGUGCACUCCAGCGGAGAGCUCUUCCAAGAAUACCGGUACGGCGACAUCCGCACCUACCACGCUCCAGCCCAGCUCUCCCACACCCAGUUUCCCGUGGCCUCCUCCAUCGGCCUGCCCUCCCGGACCAAGACUCCGGCCCAGGGACCCCCGGAAGGUGAGCCCUUGCAAUCCAUACCUUCCGCACAGCCUGCCUCACCCAUGUCAUCAGCACAGCCUGUCCCGCCUCUGCCCUCCUGCCAGCCCGCGCCACUCAGCCAGCCUGGCCAGCCACCCAGCAGCAAGAAGCCGCAGGUCUCCCAGGAGGCAAAGGGGACCCAGACUGGAGGAGCAGAGCAGCCUCGCCUCCCGGCUGUCCCUGCAAGCAGGCCUUCAGAGCCCCACGCUCCGCUUCAGCGGGCCCAGGCGGAAACAGGCCCGGCGUCUCACCUUUCCCCUGUGUCUGUCACCAUGAAGCCUGACCUCCCGGCCCUGCCCCCCCAGGCUGCCCCAAAGCAGCCGCUGUUUAUCCCCACAACUUCAGGCCCCAGCACCCCACCAGGACUGGCUCUGCCGCACGCUGAAACCCAGCCAGCCCCUAGCCAAGAUUCUUCUCCGCACCUAACUUCCCAGAGACCUGUGGACAUGGUCCAGCUUCUGAAGAAGUAUCCCAUUGUGUGGCAGGGCUUGCUGGCCCUCAAGAACGACACAGCUGCUGUGCAGCUCCACUUUGUCUCUGGCAACAACGUCCUGGCCCAUCGCUCGCUGCCCCUCUCCGAAGGAGGCCCCCCGCUGAGGAUUGCCCAGAGGAUGCGGCUGGAGGCAUCACAGCUAGAAGGGGUUGCUCGAAGGAUGACAGUGGAGACAGAUUACUGUCUACUGCUAGCGCUGCCCUGUGGUCGUGACCAAGAGGACGUGGUGAGCCAGACAGAGUCCCUCAAGGCUGCCUUCAUCACCUACCUGCAAGCCAAGCAGGCAGCAGGGAUCAUCAACGUUCCCAACCCUGGCUCCAAUCAGCCUGCUUACGUGCUGCAGAUCUUCCCACCAUGUGAGUUCUCUGAGAGUCACCUGUCCCGCCUGGCUCCUGACCUCCUUGCCAGCAUCUCCAACAUCUCCCCCCACCUGAUGAUUGUCAUCGCUUCCGUGUGAGGCAUUGAGUGGUCAUCACCCGAGGUAUCUUCCCGAGGCCCUGCUGCAGAAAAUGCACCCAACACCGGACAGGACAGCCCAGCAGGCGAGGGGAAGCUGCUGAUGGGGACAGACUGCUGCCGGACGCCGGCUUCCUGCACUCGCCCACCACUCAGCUCCAAGGGACAGACCUCUGGGCGGAGGUGCUGCUACUUUGUAUGUUUACACGACACUUUCACCCAGGACAGACCACCGAUGGAUGGACAGACUUGCAGACUCCUAGGGGCUGGGUUUCUGUCUCCUCUUUUGGGAGAAAAGGAACAGAGCAAUGGAACGAAUUUUUUUUUUUUUGUUUUUGUUUUGGGCUUUUUGGGGGUUUUUUUUUUGUUUUUUGUUUUUUUUUUUAAAGAAACAAGAGAACUGCCUUUGCACUAAAUUAGUGACUUGGAUUUUUUUGCACAGUGAAGAUAGGCUGUGACACUGGACACUUGGUGUACAUGAACACACAUCACGGACUUUUAAUGCUGGAACCUUGGGGGUCAAGGAACAUUUCAUUGGGAUUUUUUUGCCCCGCCUCCUCCCCUCCCUGCUCAUUGGAUGUAUCACCUUUCCUAAUUCUCCUGCCGCCACCACCUUUGACUCACGAGGAUGUACAGUUUACAAUCAAACGAGCAAACAGAAGGAUUUCCUUUCUUGGUGGGACAUGCAGAACUUGGGGUGUGUAUAUAUAAAUAUAUAAUAUAUAUAAAUAUAUAUAAUACUGACUUAAAAAUCAAUUUCCCCGACAUACAUUUUUUUUAAUCUGUGCCAAAAAUGUGUUUUCAAAGAAAAUCUUAUUUUCAUACUCAGACUUUGUACCGUCACUCAUUGUCUCAGUGCGCUUCACCGCAGCCCGGGUCUUCCUGCCACGUGGAAGUGUCUGUCACCCAGCAUCUGUACAGGACCGGCCAGUCCCUCCUCCUGCGACCCGGACCGCACCCAGACCUCCUAACACUAUUAAUUUAUGAAACUGUUUUCCUCAGCGCAGUUUUGUUUUGUGUGUCCAUUGGAUUACAAACUUUAUUAAAAAAUACAAAACACCUCAAGUGUGAAUGAGUGUGAUCGUGGCCGGAGUGGGAACAGCAGGGUCCCUGGCUUAAAAUAGAAACAUAGCCCUCACCCAGCUUUGCUUUCUUUGCCCUGCCCCAAAUCUGUAAACAGGGGCCUCCUCCCCAAAGAGCAUUUUACCAAUACACAAGGAUUUGGUCAUGAGUGCUGAACUCAGGAAAUAGUUUUCAUUGUAGCAGCGUGGGUACCGGUGACAUUUCUGUCCUUGCUGGUCCCCAGGCAAUGUGGAAGGCACUUCAGGCAGGUCUCAAUACAGAAACACAUGCACACACCCAGCAAACUUGGAGCCUAAGGGUUCGUUCCCUUCCUUUGUCUGCUAGUAGGGUGCCAGUGGUUCCCAUGUAGACAGGAGGGUGGAGGGGGCUCGGUCUAGGUUCCCUUGCAGUUCAGUUGUGAAACCAGGAUUCAGGAACAUCUUCACUGCGCUUAGCGGGGCAAAAACAGGCCUGCACACUUUUACCUGUGAAAGAAGGGUCCCAGCUGCUAGGACAAGCUGUGGGGAGGAGGUAGAGGCAGGAACUCCAGGCUUGGGGGGGGGAGGGGGCCGGGGAACAGCCCACCAAAAACUCCACUUUGCUCCUUUGGUCCCUCCAGGACAGCCUGGUGAUGGGUUCAGAAUCCACCAGGGCAAGUAAAUGCUUCUAAAAGACUACUGGCAGCACCUGAGCUGGCGGCUCACAUCUGUAACCUCAUCUACUUAGGAGGCUGACAGGUGAAGACAGUGGUUCUAAACCAGGCUGGGUAGAAAAGUCUUGUGAGACUCUUGUCCAAUUAACCACUGAAAAACUCUUGUGGUA